AAGCCACUGUCAUGUUAAACAUUUUCCCUCUCGUCUUCAGCACAGUGAAACAAACCGUCAGCUUGUCGUGUAAAUGCUUUAAACACAGCGUAAAUGACAUCACAUUGCUGCAGUGCUGCACUGUCCGUGAAAGGUGUCAGUCGUUUCCUCUGAUGCCAAGAAAUGUGUCCACUGGCCACUUGGCUCUGCUCUGCUCUGCUUCAGACAUCAUGGCGUGACAACAUGUAUUCAUUUAUAUCGGGCUCUUAUUACGCAGGUGGACGCCUGCAUGAGGAGUAGAGGCGCAUUUUCAAAGGCUGCCUGUUCUCCGCGACACAGCAAGAUUUCCUGCCACAUCCCGCCCGGAGAAAUCGACCGCAUUGCUUUGUUGGAGGAGCGGACAGACCAAGUCAUGUAUGAAAACUAAUUGCUGGCAUGCGUACGCAUAGUAUCAGAGGAGAAAGGGAAAAAAAAAAAUAUCACGGUAUCAGUGCAUGGGUGGGAUUCUUCCUCUGCGCUUCAUAUAGGGCAAGUUAUGACAACAAACGGCCACAGUAAUGGCAAACAACUGGCGGUAAAACAGCCGUGAUAACUGCACUGUGGUAAACCGGUGUUGGCGGACAGUUUUUGACCUUCGUGAUUAGUGACGGACUUAAAGCCUGAAUUUGACGCCGACCUUAAGCCGCCAGGAGGUUUUUCCAAGAGCGCAACCUAUCUCUUCAGAAAGAGCCCCGGACUGCAGUUUCCUUCCUCACACCAUCUGCACUGCAAUUCAUUACAAGCGUGAGAUUUAUUGGAGAUUUAAUCCACCUUAUUCCUGCGUUACGAACCCUUACGCGGGGGACUUGAUACGACCACGUACUGACGCUUUAACUCCUUUGAACACGGCUCGGACGCGAGCGUCGGGACUCUCCUGAGCUUGUGGAUUUUUUGGGGAUUUCAGUUUUUACAUGUUCUGCCUUUAAACCUCAAUCGGAUCGUACUGGGAUUUAAGGUGGGGUUUCAUCCAGACGCAGGUAACUGGAAGAUACCCCUCGGUCUCUUGUUGAUGACACUUCAGCAGCAGAUUGUCGCUCAUCACGUCCGUUGGAUUUUUCAGCACAGCCCCGACCAGCCUAACAAGAAGGUUUUUACGCGUGAAUUUGGAAUAAAUGAACUCUCGCUGCCAUCUGAGAUGCGUUGUGAAUUUAUCCAGUGAGACGAGCGCGUGGACGGCGGAAAUCAUGUGCAAUAGGAUCAACCCUUUGGCAUCUGUUUUAUUAGUCCCACUUUUGAGAUGAGUGAAACCCAUAAGUCUUGCUCCCAUCGGGACUGAGGUGAAUGUUGAGGUUAGAGGAGGAGAGAAUCAACAACCUGUACAGACCUGACACAACUGCUUUGAAGUGAACCCCGUGAGGAGCAUCCAAAACGACACAAUAUUCUGGUGGUGUUUUCCUGUGGAGUCCCCUGCCUCAGCCUUGACUCUCUGACCGCCAGCUGAUCGGGAUGCUGAUGUGAAACCUGCAAUGGAAACCAGGGCUUGAUAUCUGGACCUGGAAACUGAUCAACAAUGGACCGACUGGUUCUGUGCGUGCUGCUCUGUGCAGCUCUGGUGAAAGGGUACAGCUGCCCCGGCCGCUGCAUUUGCCAGCACCUGUCCCCCACUCUAACUCUGCUCUGUGCUAAGACUGGCCUGUUGUUCGUGCCCCCCACCAUUGACCGCAAGACCGUCGAGCUGCGACUAACUGACAAUUUCAUCACCAUCAUCCGCAGGAAAGACUUUUUCAACAUGACUAGUUUGGUCCACCUCACCUUGUCCCGAAACACCAUCAGCCAGAUCACUCCCCAUGCCUUCUUCGGCCUGCGAUCCCUGCGAGCGCUCCACAUGGAUGGAAACCGCCUCAGUGUGAUAAAGAGCGACCACUUUAAAGGCCUUAUCAACCUGCGGCACCUCAUCCUCGGAAACAACCAGAUCCACCAGGUGGCCCCCACCUCCUUUGAUGAGUUUGUUUCCACCAUAGAGGACUUGGAUCUUUCCAACAACAACCUGCGCAGCCUUCCCUGGGAAGCCAUAGCCAGAAUGACCAACAUCAACACACUCACACUGGACCACAACUUGAUUGAUCACAUUGGAGCAGGCACUUUUACGCUGCUCACCAAGCUGGUCCGGCUGGACAUGACCUCAAACAGGCUGCAGAAGCUGCCACCAGACAGCCUGUUCCAGCACGCACAGGUCCUGUCUGAUGCCAAGGGCUCCAGCUCGUCCACUCUGGCUGUAAGCUUCGGUGGAAACCCUCUUCAUUGUAACUGUGAACUGCUGUGGCUCCGCAGGCUGACAAGAGAGGAUGAUCUGGAGACUUGUGCCUCACCAGAGCACCUCAUGGACAAAUACUUCUGGUCCAUCCAAGAGGAGGAGUUCAUUUGUGAGCCUCCGCUCAUCACCAAACAUCUUUCCACUAAGCCGUAUGUGAUGGAGGGGCAGGGUGUGACUCUUAAAUGCAAAGCUGUUGGUGAUCCAGACCCAGAUAUUCACUGGCGAUCACCAGACGGCAAGCUGGUGCAUAAUAAUUCCCGCACCAUCCUGUAUGAUAAUGGCACCCUUGAUAUUCUCAUCACUACGCUGAAGGACAGCGGAGCAUUUAAUUGUGUGGCGUCCAAUGCUGCAGGCAUUGCUACAGCUGCUGUUGAGAUCAACAUGAUCCCCUUACCCUUGUUUGUUAACAACACAGGCCACAUGCGUGAGGACCCCGGUCUCUCAGACAUCACCACCUCCUCCAAAUCUGGCAAUGACACAAAGGGCUAUGACAAGCAGGACAGGAGGGUGAUGGUCACAGAGCUGACCUCCUCGUCAGCUGUGAUCCGUUGGCCAUCUGAGCGCCAUAUCCCCGGCAUCAGGAUGUACCAGAUUCAGUACAACAGCACAGCAGAUGAUACUUUGGUGUACAGAAUGAUCCCAUCUACCAGUAAGAACUUCUUAAUCAAUGAUCUGGCCGCGGGGCGGGAGUAUGACCUUUGUGUGCUGGCGGUUUAUGACGAUGGUAUCACAUCAUUAACAGCCACACGUGUGGUUGGCUGCGUACAGUUCCACACGGCCAGUGAGGUCAGCCAGUGCCGCUUCAUGCACAGUCAGUUCCUGGGAGGCACUAUGAUCAUCAUUAUCGGUGGUAUAAUUGUUGCUUCAGUGCUGGUGUUCAUCAUCAUCCUGAUGAUCCGUUACAAGACCUACAGCAGCCCAGAGGACAGCAAGACCAAGGUCAGCUCCAGCAUGCACUCACAGACCAACGGCAGCCAGCAGCGGCUCCAGCGCUCCAUCUCCAAGCAGCCUUCUGAUGAGGGCCAGCGCGAAGCGCAGGCGCCCAAAGAGUGCAUGGCGCUGGUGCUGAGAGUGGACAAUGAGAAGAAGGAGGAUCCAGCUGCCACUACUGCCAUCCUGGAGGUGGAGCUGCCUCCGCUGACUGUAGACAAGAUGAAGAGAAGAACCAGCCUGGAUGCACAGCGCUCUGGUCCCCCGUCUGAGGACACGCAGACAGACAGUAGCCUGACGGGCUCCACCAUGUCCCUGUGUCUCAUAGGUCCCAAUGCUGGCACCAAGGAGGCUCCCAGGCUCAAGGACAAGAAAAGUACCCUGGCCAACAUGGGGUUGCUCCCUAAUGAGCUGGCACGAACUAGGCACAGAUUCUCUUUUGACGGUGGGGAUUACUCCAUAUUUCAGAGUCAUAGUUACCCACGCAGAGCGAGGACGAGGUGGCACAAGUCCACCAACCAGCUCAACGUGGAGUCAUCUCCGCUCGCCAACAGGAGAGUUACAUUCAGCAGCACCGAGUGGAUGCUUGAGAGCACAGUCUGAGGAAAACAGUGUAGCUGAAAAAAAUGGCUCAGCCACACACAAACACACACAUGUAAAAACACAAAUAUGCCUACAUGCCAUAUAACGCACACUUUUCCUGCACACAGCAAACGAUAAACACAAGCACAUUUACUUACACAUGCAAACUUUCUGUGAGUUGCUGGAGAAGAACACAGUCUCCCUUCAUCCUGCCUCCCCAUCAUACUCCCAGAGAGGUUUGUUGGCCAUGUCCUUUCUUUAUGCAGCGGUGCCUUAUUCUAAAAAAAUGAACGAAUGGAGGAUGCUGCUCACUGUAGUCAUAAACCUUCCUCUCUAUCAUUGCCUCCCACCCUGAUAAUGGGAAGCAUUAUUUUGGAUUUUUAAUUUUCUCCUUUUUCUGUGACAUGGCAAAGGGUGUGGCAUCUGGAUGUGACUGUUGAAUUGUUUAAAAAAAAAAAUUUAAAAAAAAGAAAACAAAAAAAAAAACUUCAUCAUAACUGUAAAGUGAACAGCCAGGUAUCCUGUUAUGUCAAUCAUGUUUUGGGUUCUUUCAAAAAAAAAAACUUUUGCACAGAAGACACGAGAUACAAGGACAAGUAUCACCACCAGUCUAUACAAUAAUAAUAAUAAAAAAAAAAAAAAGAACAGAAUUUUACACAUGCCGAUUUCUAAUGUUAGCAUAGAGAGGAUGGACCUGGAAACCUGCUGUGGAUUCCUCCUCGGCAGUCGGACUAUAUGAUGUUAAAUAGGUAUUGUCCCAGAUGUGACUGUAUAUUAAUCGGUACUGUAUCUGGCUGGUCUAGAUAAAAAGACAACAAACAAAAAGACAUAUAUAAGUAUAUUAAAACAUUGGUGUAUGUGUACUAACUAUGUAAGUAAGUAAGUCAUAUGUCACAUGACUUUUUACAAAGCAUUUGGGUGUUGGCUGCAAGUUUUUACAUUAAAAACCUGUGUCAUCACACCUCUCCCUAUUUAGUAUGUCAAAGUUUGGACCAUUUAUCCCCUCACGAAGGGUAUUAAAUUUUUUGUGUGGGUUAA